UACUUCGUGUGUUUGUUGCCAAAAUUUGAAACUAGUAUUAUUAUAAUUAUUUAUAGUCAUUUAUUUUAAUCAUAUCAUGUAAACGGAGGUCCAUAAUAUCCAAGCCAAAAUCUGAAUCAUAAAACAUAGUAACAGACAUUUCUCAGUUUUUAAGAAUUCUUCAAGAAUGGAAGGCAUUAAUGAGUUGGACACUUCUAACACAACUGUUUUUAACAAUGUAGACGCAAUUACACAGACAGUCAGUGGUGAGAAACUUUUACCUAGUGAAACAUUUACUAAACAAACAUCAGUAAACAGAAACGUUGCUAAAUAUCGCUGUGAGGUUUGUAAGAAAACAUUCCCUUCAGAACAUGAAAUGUUCGCUCACAAAAAAAUACAUAAUAAGGAAAAACCAUUCCACUGUGAAAUAUGCGGGAAAUAUUUUGUAUCUAACAGAAAUUUAACCAAACACACCAGAAUACACACUGGAGAAAAACUGUUUCACUGUGAAAUCUGUGGGAAACCUUUCGUUAAUAAUUCGAAUCUUGUUAUCCACAUACGUAGUCACACUGGAGAAAAACCGUAUAGUUGCGAUAUAUGCGGGAAAUCUUUUGUCAAUAAUAGUAAUUUAAAAGGACACAAAAAAAUACACACUGGCGAAAAACUUUUUCAGUGCGAUUUGUGUGCGAAAUCUUUCAUUGAUAAUUGGAAACUUAUUAUCCACAAACGUAGUCACACAGGAGAAAAACCGUUUCACUGUGAAAUCUGUGGGAAAUCUUUCUCUCAGAAUUCUCACCUUGUUAUCCACAUACGUAGCCACACUGGAGAAAAACCCUUCCAUUGUGAUAUUUGUGGUAAAUCAACGGUCUCUAACAGUAGUUUGGCAAGUCACAAAAGGAUACACGCUGGAAUAAAGCCAUAUCGUUGUGAAAUAUGCGGGAAAUCUUUCACCGAUAAUUUAAAUCUUGUUAUACACAAACGUAGACAUACAGGAGAAAAACCGUUUCACUGUGAAAUAUGUAAGAAAUCAUUCUCUCAAAAUUCUCAUCUUGUCAUUCAUAUUCGUUGUCAUACAGGAGAAAAACCUUAUCAGUGUGAUGUGUGUGGGAAAUCUUUGGUGUCUAACAGUAGUUUAAUAAAUCACAAAAGGACACACAGUGGAGAGAAACCAUUUCGUUGUGAAAUGUGUGGCAAGUGUUUCAGUGAUAAUUUGAAUCUUGUUAUACACAAACGUAGACAUACUGGGGAAAAACCAUUUAGUUGUGAAAUGUGCGGGAAAUCUUUCAUUGAAAGUUCCAAGCUUACAAUCCAUAAACGAAGACACACAGGAGAAAAACCAUAUAGUUGUGAAAUAUGUGGAAAAUCUUUCGUGAAUAAAAGUGAUUUAAAAAGUCAUGAACGAAUCCACAGUGGAGAAAAGCCCUAUCACUGUGAAAUAUGCGAAAAAUCAUUUUCUGUUAAUUCUAGUCUAGCAGUUCACAGAAGAAUCCACAGUGGGGAAAAACCUUAUCAGUGUGAAAUAUGUAGUAAAUGCUUUGUCUAUAAAAGUAACUUGACAAGACACAAACGAAUCCACAGUGGAGAAAAUCCAUUCCAUUGUGAUAUUUGUGGGAAAUCUUUUAUUGAAAAAUUUAAGCUUACAGUCCACAAACGUAGGCACACUGGAAAACAACCAUACUGCUGUGAAAUAUGUGAUGAAUCAUUUGUGAAUAAUAGUGAUUUAAAAAGCCACGCACGAAUCCACACUGGCGAACAACUCUUCCGCUGUGAAAUAUGUGGGGAAUCAUUUCAUUUGAAUUCUUUACUUGUAUUCCACAAACAAAAGAACUGUAAAGAGAAACCUUACCUCAGUGAAAAUUACAGGCAAUCUUUUCUUAAAAAUGAGGAUUUAAAAUAUCAUGAGCAAAUACACCCAGAAGAAAAGUGUUAUCUUUGUGAAAUGUGUGGCAAAUCCUUCUCUCGGAAUUCUGAUCUAUUAAGCCACAAACGUAGGCACACAGGAGAAAAACCUUGUCAUUGUGAAAUGUGUGAGAAAUCUUUUGUUAAUAAUAGUGAUUUAAACAGGCACAAACGAAUCCACAGCGGAGAGAAACCAUACAACUGCAAAAUCUGUGGUAAAUCCUUUAUCACUUACACUCUCUUAAAAAGGCACCAACAAAUACACACAAGAGGGAAAUCUUUUAAGUAUGAAACAUGAGAAAUCGUUCCUUUGUAAAUCUAAAUUUAUAGUCCAUCAAUAUACCCACAUUGGCAAACAUUGGUCACAGUGAAUUAUGUCAGAAAUCAUUGUCUUCAAAUUAUAAUGUUUUUGUGUACACAUGUAUGCUCUGAAAAACACCCUUUGACUUAAAUAUUUAUGAAUUGUGAUCUUCAAAAAGUUGCUAAAUGAAUAAACACUCGGCAUAGAACUAUAUUAGUUUAGAAUAUGUGAGGAGUCCUUUAGGAAUAAGUAAGUCUACAUUUUUAAUCCAGAGUUGAAUACAGACUGGAGACAAAAAUUAUCAUUGUGAAAUAUUUUUAGUCUUGUAAUCGACUAAUAUAUCCACAAAUACACCCUGAAAGAAGAUCUAUUCACUGUUAUUUAUCAUUAAAGUUUCAUAUUAAUCAUGACUGGGAAAAUAAAGGAGGAAAACUUUACAGAUGUAAAAUUUGUGGAAAAUGAUUCUCAUUCAAAGAACAUGUUGUUAAACAUAAAUACAUAUAGAGAUGGAAAAUAUUGAGAAGAAUUUGUUGGCAACAUUCUCUUGAAUAGUAAAACCAACUAAUUACUGAGAGAUUUGUGUAAAAUCUUGUCACUGAAAUUUGUGACAAAAGAUUUGUUUUCUUAUGGAAAUUAAAAUCUCAUAACUAUUUAUGAGAUUUAUCCAUUUGUUGAAUGGAGUAUUCUGGAAAAGGGGAAUAUUUUUUUAACAUUAAUUACCAGUGAAAACACUAAUAAAAUCAUUAUCAUCAUUCAACGUCCAUUUUCCAUAUUGGCAUAGAUUGGAUGAUUUAACUGUAGCUGGUAAAGCCCGGAGCUGCUCCAGGCUCCAUUGCCUGUUCUGGCAUGGAUGCUUUUCCUGAUGCCAACCACUCCAUAGAGUUUACCUUGUGCUUUUAAUGUGGCACCAUCACUGGUAUCAAUUCUACUGUGAAAGACAGGUCUUAGGUACAGCAUUGUGUCAAUUAUCUCAGUUGUUAGUCAUCUCCUUUGUAAAGCUUAGUACUUGAGAUCGGCCUUCAAAAUAUUGCUUCAUAAUAUUGUCUCCAUUCAUAACUACAAACUUAAGGGAAGUGGCUCUUAUAUCUUGAAACACUGGAUGUCAGAACAUUUUAGUAGCUUGGUUUUAGUGAUAAUGGCCAUAUUGAUUCAGGAGAAUUCUGCAGAUAGAUGGAUGUUUUGAUAUUUUCAGUAUUUGCUGAUUUAUAAUAACCUUCAUUUGUGGAUGCUGGUUGCAUAGCAACACAAUAUUUGUUUAUUUGCUACAGCUAUUAAGUUCAACUCUACCAGCACCAAUGCCAAUUAUUGUAAGUAAAUAUUGCUAAGACUGCAAUAUGACAGGUAAAUACUAGGUUUGAGAGAGACUGUCAACUUUAAACCUUUGUAGAUGAGAGGUUUCGUUUCUGUUGUAGUUUUGUGAGAAGCUACAAGUAGCUGCUGUACCCAUUAUAAUAUCACAGAGUAUUUAAAAUAAGGUUAAUCUCAGUUGUAGUUUGGUAAGGAGCUGCUGUAACUGUUUUAUUAUCAUACACAGUAUCUCAAGUACAACCAAUUUAGUCACUACACUGUAUGAUAUGAGACUUGUUCUGCGUCAAUGAAACUGAUUGUAAGCAACACCAAGUACUUCUGAUACUUCAUUAUGAUGUACCAUGAAAUGGUUAUAAAAAACACCCAUGUAUUUAUGUUUUCCAAUAUUUUUCUCCUUAUGAACACAUUUACUGGAAUGAUGAUGUGGUGGUCUAUUGCUGGGAUAUAAGCAACAGCCACAAAAAAAAUUAUUUAAAACCUUAGCCUCACCCUGCAUCAAGUGAGUCUAUGUGUAUGUGUGUAAGAAAAAACUUACAGAAAAGUAUACUAUUAAAAUAAAUUAUCUUUUACA